AUGAACAUCGAAGCUAAGCUGCGGAGUGAACCCAGCCUUGUCAUUUUGCAUGAAUGGGAGGGUAUCCACAUUUGCGGGAACCAACCAGAUCUAAUUAAAACCGGUUCGUCGUAUAUCAUUGUCGACCAAGUGCCCAAGAAUUUCUCCGUAGAGAAGACGAAAUACAAAGCCCGGGCUCAGGAAUACUUCCGACUGAAGUAUAAAUUCUCUAAGGAAGAUUUACACUUGGACAAGGAGUCUGAAAUGGAUGAUCGUGCUCUACAGACAACUUUGGAUUUUAUCGAGAGAGGCACUGCAGAGCUUGGAGUGGGCACUAUCUCUUACACUGCAUCUAAUCACUGGAGGAGCAUGCUGAUGUCCGCUGCUGAGGUGAACCGAGCAGCUGAGGACUUUGCGCGAUCCAAUUGCCUCUGCUACUUUUCAGGCGUCCGUAUUUGGGAUAGACUCACGGCUCGUGGCUCCUGA